AUGAAUGUUCCUGUGAAGAAAAUUUACGGACUUUUGGGACCAUCAGGAUGUGGUAAAACUUCAUUGCUUCGCUGUGUGGUCGGCAUUCGGGCGCCAUCAGGUGGCCGAAUCUCCGUUUUUGGUCACACACCUGGAACGCCUCAAAGUGGAAUUCCCGGACCAGGACUAGGUUAUACGCCUCAGGAAGUGGCCCUCUUUCUCGACUUUACCAUUUUUGAAACUUUCCUCUACUUUGGCAAGCUCUACCACAUUGAGCCAAAACGAGUAGAAGAGCGAACUGAACAAUUGGUUUCGUUGCUCAAUCUUCCAGACAAGAACAGCUACAUCAAAAAUUUGAGCGGUGGUCAAAAGAGGCGUGUUUCACUGGCUGUCGCUCUUAUUCACUCGCCUCCAUUGCUCAUUCUUGAUGAGCCUACCGUCGGCGUGGAUCCAAUUCUUCGGCAAAGCAUUUGGGAGUACCUGCAAAUGCUCACCUCCAAACUGGAUUUGACCAUCAUUAUCACAACGCAGUACAUUGAAGAGGCGCGAUCCGCUGAUCUGGUCUCUUUUAUGCGCGAGGGAAAGCUGCUCAUGGAACGGAAUCCAAAUGAGCUCUUGCAAUCAAUGGCAUUGCCCACAUUGGAGGCCGUUUUUCUCAGUCUUUGUCAAAUGGACAGUAUCCAGUCGUCAGCAAGAGACAAUGGAACCAUUUCAAGCAUCGUCGUUGAAUCGAAAGCCGAAGUGCCCAUGCUAAAACCUUCCUCUAAGCUGGUCAACUUCAGUCCGCCUCGAUUCGCCUUUCUUGGUCGUAUUAGCGCACUCAACUGGAAAAACAUCACCGGCAUUCGGCGAAACCUGUCGAUGCUCAUCAUUCAGUUCCUCAUGCCCAGCUUCCAGUGUCUACUGAACUUCACCUGUUUGGGUCCGGACCCGUACGACAUACCGAUAGCAGUGGUCAAUCACGAUCAACCGGCCGUCCUCUCGGAGAUGUUCCUCCGAGGCCUGUCCAACUCAACCACACUGCAGAUGACUCGGUACGAUGGGGUUGAUGCGGCCGUAGAGCAGGUUCGCCUAGGUUUGGCCUGGGCGGCUGUCACCUUCUCCUCAAACUACACUCGACUGAUGCAGGCGGCAGUCUCCGGUGAUCUGUCGAGUGGGGGCACUACCUCAUCCUCAAUUCCAACCAUUGGCCUGCACUUAGACACAACCAACUACGGUUAUGGAGGAUACGGCAAAGGAGGUUAUGGCGGCGGAAAAAUUAUCAAGGAGGUGAUUAUUAAGAAGGGAGGUCACUAUGGAGGCCACGGAGGAGGAUAUGGUGGUGGUUACGGAUACGGAAAGUAA